AUGGCAGCUAUGGAGAACACUGAGACGUUUUACCCGGCGGCAACUCCGAGUGCGUUUGAGAGAGGCAGCCUUCCGACAACCCCGGUGAGAAUCACCGCCCCGACAGUCGCGGGAACUUAUCCCGUCGUGUUAUUCUUCCAUGGGUUUUAUCUUCGCAACGACUUCUACUCUGAUGUUCUUAACCACGUCGCUUCUCAUGGCUACAUUCUUGUAGUCCCGCAGCUUUGCAAGUUAUUACCACCGGGAGGGCAAGUAGAAGUGGACGAUGCUGGAAAAGUGAUAAACUGGACAUCGGAAAACCUCCAAUCUCACCUCCCAAAUUCGGUAAACGCUAAUCGCAAAUACACGGCACUCGUGGGCCAUAGCCGUGGUGGGAAAACCGCGUUUGCGGUUGCGUUAGGUCAUGCCGCAACAUUAGACACAUCCUUAAAAUUUUCAGCUCUAAUAGGAAUCGAUCCAGUCGCAGGACCAAGCAAAUGCUUACGAACCGAUCCUGAAAUCUUGACGUAUAAACCAGAAUCGUUCGACCUAGACAUACCCGUUGCAGUGGUGGGAACCGGACUUGGACCGAAAAUGAAGAAUGUGAUGCCACCAUGUGCACCAGCGGAAGUGAACCAUGUGGAGUUUUAUAAUGAGUGUAAAGCGACCAAGGCACAUUUCGUGGCUGCGGAUUUCGGACAUAUGGAUAUGUUGGACGAUGAUUUGCCCGGUUUUGCGGGGUUUAUGGCAGGUUGUAUGUGUAAGAACGGGAAAGGAAAAAAGAGUGAGAUGAGGAAAUUUGUGGGUGGAAUUGUGGUUAUGUUUCUUAAGUAUAGUUUAUGGGGUGAUAAAUCGGAGAUUCAACAGAUUGUGAAGGAUCCUUCUGUUUCUCCGGCGAGGAUUGAUCCUUCGCCGGUGCUGGAAGAAGUUUCUGGUUACUUUGUCUAG